AUGGAGCGGGUGUCAGGAAUGCUGGUCCCUGAGGAGGUGGGGCUGGUCCUGGGGGUCCCACUGGGCUCGCACUUCAGGGCCCGGCGAGUGUCCGAGGGGUGGGGCGCCGCUUCCCGCGCGGUGCCGCUGUGGCGGACGGCGCCCCCUGUGGGCCCGGUGGCGGCGCGGACGCACAGGGGGCCCGAGGCGGCGGUGGCGGCCGCGGCCAUGUCCCGCCGGGGGCCCGCGCAGGUGUCGGGCAGCCUCCGGCAGAAGGGGGUGCCAGGCACGGCCCCGUCGGAGCUGCAGGAGCUGCAGAGCCGCACGGAGUGCGCGGAGCGGCGGCUCCUGGCCUGCGAGAACCUGGUCGGGGAGCUGGGCAGCGGCCUGGCCGCCCUGGGCACCGUCCUGCAGAGCUACGGGCAGCUGCAGCAGCGCCUGCUCAACCUGGAGAACCUCCUCAAGAACAGGAACUUCUGGAUCCUGCGCCUGCCUCCCAGCUCCAGGGGGGAGAUCCCCAAGGUGCCGCUCACCUUCGAUGAUAUCUCGGUGUAUUUCAAUGAGCUGGAGUGGGAGAGGCUGGAGCGCUGGCAGAAGGAUCUGUACAGGGCCGUGAUGAGGGGCAACUACGAGACCUUGGUGUCCCUGGACUACGCCGUGUCCAAGCCCGACAUCCUGUCCUGGAUGGAGAGGGAUGAAGAGCUCGGUGACAAAGAGGGUCAGGAGCCCCCAUGGACACGGUCUGGGCAUGGUCAGGAGCCCCCCCGGGCAGCAGGAGAGAUGGACAAGGCAGAUGAGGCUCCAGGAGAUGAAAGCCCCAUGGAAGCUGGCCCAGCAGCAGACAGUGCCAAGUCUAAGCCCAACAGCCGCACCUGCAUCAAGAGGGAUGAAGAGCCCAGCUCAUGGACACAGAAUGGGGACAGCCAGAAAACCCCACAGAUACAGACUGGGAACCGCCCGAAAUCCCCACGGACACGGAGUGGGAACAGCCAGAAAACCCCGCAGAUACAGACUGGAGACAGCCAGGACUCCCCACCAACACAGAUUAGGGACAGCCCAAAGUCCUCAUGGACACGGAGUGGGAACAGCCAGAAAACCCUACAGACACAGACUGGGGACAGACAGAACUCCCCACAGACACAGAUUAGGGACAGCCCAAAGUCCUCAUGGACACGGAGUGGGAACAGCCAGAAAACCCUACAGACACAGACUGGGGACAGCCAGAACCCCCCACAGACACAGACUGGGGACAGCCCUAAGUCCUCAUGGACACGGAGUGGGAACAGCCCAAAGUCCCCAAGGAGACACACUGGGAACAGCCCAAAGUCUCCAAGGACACAGACUGGGAACAGCCCAAAGUCCCCAAGGACACAGACUGGGAACAGCCCGAAGUCCCCACAGGCACAUGCUGAGGACAGCCAGACACUGCCUCAGACACAGAAUGGGGACAGUCAGAACCCCCUCCAGACAAGUGUCCCCAACAAUGAGAAGCCCUCACAGACACCAGAAGAGAUGGAGCAGCAGGAAAAGGCUUUGGGAGAGGAUCCCAUGCCCACGGAAGCUGGCCCAGAAUCCCCCAUCCUGAUGAUGAAUGUGACAUCCCUGGGGGACCAUCAGCCAGGGGUGGUGGCAGAGGAGGACCCGGACAUGGAGGAGGACCCAGCAGAGCCUGACACUGAGGAAGCCUCACCCAUGGAAGAUGAAACACCAUGCAAAGGGGUUUCUCCCGAGGACAUCAAGGUAAAGGAAGAGGAGCCUGAGCUGCUGGUAGAAGAAUCCACACCCUCUCCUGGCUCAGAGAUCCAGAAAUGUCCCAAAAACGAGCUGGUGAAAGCCAAGAGCAAGAAGAAGCCGAACCGGUGCGAGGCCAGCAACCUCCUGAUGGGCAACUGCCGGCGCGGGUACGUGCGGGAAUGGUCCCACCCCUGCACGGAGUGCGGGAAGCGCUUCCGCCUCAAGAUCAACCUCAUCAUCCACCAGCGCAGCCACGCCAAGGAGGGGCCCUACGAGUGCCCCGUGUGCGAGAUCGGCUUCAGCAACAAGCGGCACCUGGACCUUCACCGCAGCAUCCACGUCAAGGACAGAGCCUUCGGCGCCAAGGUCUGGGGCAACGUCCACCCCGAGCUGCGCAUCCGCCCGCGCAGGGACCUGUGCGGUGGCGCCCACGGGCCGCCCGGUGCUGGCCACACUGGGGGGCCCUGGCUGGGCCAGCCCAAGGAGGAGCCGGACAGAGAGGGCCUGUCCGCCUCUGGGUUCACUCGGCCGCCCGAUUCCAGGCUGAAGUGCCCCUACUGCAAGAAGUUCCUGUCCUGCUCCGUGUCGCUGCGGCGGCACCUCCAGACCCACUUGCGGGAGCGGCCCUACUGCUGCAGCUCCUGCAACAAGUGCUUCACCCGCAGCAAUCACCUCGUGCGCCACAAGAAGAUCCACGAGCGGGCCCUGGCGGCGCUCCAGCGGGAGGCCAGCGCCCAGCCCCCUGCUGCUAUCCCGGCAUCCCUGCAGCACAGGGCUCCCGAGGCCAACAGGAGCCCUUCCCAAGGGAAUGGCAGCCCUGAGGCUGCGAAACCGAGCCUGCCAAACGUGCUGCUGUUGGGAGCGACAUCACUGGAGCACCAGGGCAAAGGCUCCUCGCUCCCUGAGUGCAUCAGGAAAGCUGUGCAGCCUGUGGUCCAGCUGGGAUCGAGGGCAGUGGCUUCGGAAAUGACCCUGGGACAGAUCUGA